AUGGCGACGUCGACAGCAGUCGCAGGCGAGCGCCAACCGCUCCUGCGCCCCGCUCGCUCACCACCUCCACCUUCACCAUCUCACGACUCGGACGACAGCGACGACGACUCUCCCGAGCCCGAGCCCGCGUCACCGAGACGCAGACUCCUCCGCUUCGUCCUGCUAUGGUCCGCCGUCUCAACCUUGACGAUCUACCUCAUCGUUCAGGCGUUCCGCAAGGGUGGAGGAGAGUUCGAUUGGAAGGGAGCGCUGAAGAAGGCUGGAGGAGGAGGGCUCGCGGGUGCGAUGGCGAUGGUCAUUCAGGUCUUGACGCUGAUGCCGCUCAGGACGGUCAUGAACUACCAGUACCGCUUCGGCACUACGACAACGGAGGCUAGCAGGAAGCUGUACGAGGAAGGAGGCUGGGGACGGUAUUACGCCGGUCUGGCUCCCGCUCUCGUGCAAGGCCCCGUCGCCCGCUUCGGCGACACCGCCUCGAACGCCGGCAUCCUCGCGCUCCUCUCGUCAAACCCCUUCCUCUCCCGCCUGCCAUCCCCUCUCAAGACCGCCUUCGCCUCCCUCGUUGGCGCCCUCUUCCGCAUGGUUCUCAUGCCCGUCGACACGCUCAAGACGACGAUGCAAGCGCAAGGCUCAUCGAACGCCCUGCAGAUCCUGAAGGAGCGCGUGAAGACCUACGGACCUGGCACGCUCUGGGCUGGAGCAUGGGCGACCGCAGCAGCCAACUUCGUCCGCUCGUGGCCCUGGUUCGCGACCUACAACGCGCUUUCGGCGUACCUCCCGCCCGCACCGCCAGCCGACAUUUGGGCUAAGUUGGGACGACAGGCGUUCAUUGGGUUCGUGUCGAGCGUCGUGAGCGAUACGUGCAGCAACAGCUUGCGCGUCAUCAAGACCUAUCGACAGGUCAGCCGGAAGAAGGUCGGGUACCGGAAAGCGGCGCAGCGUAUAAUGCGAACGGAGGGUGCCCGCGGACUGUUCGGCCGAGGGCUCAAGACGCGCAUCCUUGCGAACGGCUUGCAAGGCCUCCUCUUCUCGGUCCUGUGGAAGGCCUUCGCCGAGCUCAUAGAAGGCAAGGGCAAGAAGGGCGGCGAUGUGUAG